AUGGACACCUCCAGUAGCAAGGGCUCACCAGUAAUAGAUAACUCGCAGAUCUUCGAGCGAAACGUCGAAGAUCCAUACAUCCUGACAAAGACCACUUCAAGCAACUUGUCAAGACAUGCUAGUCAUACGAAUCUGCUUUUGCAACGGAAGACAAGCACAGCUUCCAAUAAUACAAAUUAUAAGCCAAGAUACGUUUCCACUUCAAAUUUGAAUGCCCUGUCCCCACAAUACACAAAUUCCUCCAUAUCUACCACAAAUUCGUUGAGUCAAUUAACAACAACGACAACAAAUAAUGGAGAUUACGUCUUACCCAACCAUAAUUCAAUGGAUCAUCAUCAUAAUUUGGAAAAUUUCGUACCACCAGCGUUGGAUGCAGGUUGCUCAAUAGUCACGGAUAAGGAUACAAAUUUGGAUGAUAUAGAUAUGAUAUAUUCUAAGAGACCGUCAACUAUUGGUUUGAAUAUGGCUUUGGGUAGAACAAGAACAAAUAGUCUAUCUCCUUCCAAUCAGGCAAAUAGAAGACCUUCCCUGGCAUCUUCAUCAUCCGAAGCAGAUUUACCAACAACUUCAAGAAAUUUAAGACAAACAGUAUCUUCCUCUUCACCUCCUUCAGCACAUCCAAGGUUAUUAAGAUUUUAUUCAUACGUGGAUAUGUUGUCUGAUGAAAAUUUAAAUCAAAAUCAAAAUACAAAUACAAAUCAAAUGCAUAGUACUAAUAAUGUAAGACCCUCGCUAUUAUCACAUUAUUCUUCAAAUUCAACUUAUAGUCCAAGACUACAUCUUUCACCAACAUCAUCUGUAAAGACACAAUUCAAUAACCCAUUCUUUAACCCAAUUGCAGCAACCAAUUCAGCAACAACAACAAACAGGGCAGGACCUCAUAGAAAUAGUAUCUUAUUAAGAAGAUAUUCAAGUGGUGCUUCUAAUUCACCCAUUGAAACUAUAGAUAAUACACCAAUGAAUACGGAUAAAUUAAUGUCAUUAAGGAAAAGUUUAUCUUCAAUGAAUAAAAAUCAUCACAAUCGUACGCAGCAUUCAUCUUCACCUAAUAUUAUGAAGAAUUCAAAAUUUCAUUUUGACUCUUCAAGUAGUAGUGAAGAUCUCACUUCUGAUGAUUCAGAUAAUGAACAACAACAACAAUUACAACAACCUUUGGAUGAGGAUCAACAAUUUAAAGAAUGUAUCGAUGGUUUGACAUUAGAAGACGAUGAAAACAACACAGAUCCCCUUACCUCCACUCAUACUAUUUUAAGCCAACCUUUCAUACCAUCAAGAUCGGGUUCCAAUCAUCAACAGGAGAUAAGUCCCAUAUUAGUACCGCAACCUCAUCCCGGUUUGCAAACAUUAACCAGUUCACCUAAUACAAUCACUACGAACGAUUUCAGUUCUACUUUAUAUAGGCCUAAAACUUUGUCUUUCUCUGAAUCUCUUAAUCAUCACCAUCACCACCAUCAAUCACUAUUCCCAAUUCAAACUACUGAAGAUACAACAACAACAACAACAACAAGUCCUCACAAUGACGAAUUUGAUGAGAAUUUACAAACGGAAAAACUGACUGAUAUCUUAAGAAGAAGAGUCAAUAAUGCUUCUAGAAAUACAAAUAUCAUCGAUGGUGAUCAUAUUGAUGAUUGUAAAGGUGACAUUACCAAUUCAAAUUCAAAUUCAGAUUCAACGAUUACUGCUAUUAAUAGUAAUAAAUCAUAA